AUGGGCAUCGCUGUAGGUAUCGAUUUGGGUACCACCAACUCCUGUGUUGCUCGAUUUGCCAACGACAGGUGCGACAUCAUCGUUAACGACCUCGGAAACAGAACCACCCCGUCGAUCGUGGCCUUCAACAACAAGGAACGGUUAUUCGGCGAUGUUGCCAAAGUCCAAAUGGCGUUGAACCCUGCAAAUACCGUGUACGACGUCAAGCGGUUGAUUGGUCGCAGAUUUGCCGACCCUGAAGUCCGACAUGACAUGAAACACUUACAAUAUAAAGUUUUUGAGCAAAAUGGCAAGCCUAUGGUUGAAGUGAAAUUUAAAGAAGAACUCAAAGUCUUUUCGCCUGAAGAAAUAUCCUCCAUGAUAUUGGGGAAGAUGAGGGAGGUUGCUGAAACUUCCUUAGGUGAGAGGGUGACGGAUGCUGUCGUUACCGUCCCGGCCUAUUUUAACAAUUCCCAACGGCAAGCCACCAAAGAUUCUGCUAAGAUGGCUGGCCUCAAUGUGUUACAAAUCAUCAACGAACCCACCGCUGCUGCCAUUACUUACAGCAUGAACAAGGUCGACCACACUAAAAGCAAACAGAUCGUGUUGAUCUUUGAUCUCGGUGGUGGCACGUUCGACUUAUCGUUAUUAACGAUAAAUAAAGGCGUUUUCAGAGUUAUGACCACCGCUGGUGACACUCAUUUGGGUGGUGAAGAUUUCAACAGCCGUUUGGUCAAUCACUUCAUUGCUGAGGUUGAGCGCAAGACUCGUAAGGAUCUCACUGGCAAUCUUAGAGCGUUGAGAAGGUUGAGAAGCGCUUGUGAGAGGGUCAAGAUUAGAUUAUCAUCACUGACAGAAGCCUCAUUCCAGAUCGACUGCUUGUUUAAAGGGUUCGAUCUCGACACCUCCAUCACUAGGACUAAGUUUGAAGAGUUGUGUGAUGACCUAUUCAAAAUCACCAUGAACUUGACACAAAAGGUAUUGGAAAAUGCGAGAAUUGACAAACUGCAAAUUAACGAAAUUGUUCUUGUUGGAGGCUCCACUAGAAUUCCCAAGAUUCAAAACUUAAUCUCGACCUAUUUUGGCAAAAAACCCAACCAUUCCGUCAACCCAGAUGAAGCUGUUGCCUACGGUGCAGGUGUGCAAGCGGCCAUAUUAUCGGGUGACUCUUCUGCGUUAAUCCAAAGUGUGGAUUUGCGGGAUGUGACUUCUUUGUCACUUGGCGUAAAGAACUAUCUGGGUCUCAUGACCACUUUGAUUCCGAGAAACUCUGUAAUUCCCAUCAAAGUGACGAAAAGAUUCACGACUCAUAGAGACCACCAGACUGUUGUACUGUUUUCAGUGUUUGAAGGCGACAGAGCUCAAUCGAAAGACAAUAACUUCUUAGGCAAGUGCAUAAUGCUGAAUUUCCCACCGGCUCUGCGAGGUGUGCCUUCAUUUGCUGUCACUUUCGACUUGGAUAUCGAUGGGAUAUUAAAUGUGUCUGCCAUCGAUAGAAGUACUGGAAAAUCGCAGGAAGUUGCUAUUGAUUACUACAAGAAAAGAUCAUCGCAAGAUGAGAUUUAUCGGAUGAUUGCCGAAUCAAAGAUGUACAAGGAAGAGGAUGAAGCUGUAGUCGCGAGAGUUAAUGCCAAAGUUGAUCUUGAGAAGUACCUAUACUUUUUGAAGAAUUCAUUCAAUCCUCGCUCAACAAAUAAUAUUAGUUACUUUGAACAGCAAAUUCUCGAAAAGGAAAUUGAAGACAGCGAAUUGUGGCUACAGGACUCACAAGCAGCCAGCCAAAAUGACUUUGUUGCCCACCACAAAGCGCUUAAGCUGGUGGCAGACCCCAUCAUGUUUAAGGAAAUUCCUGAAGUGCGAAUUAGAGCUGAAGCCGAUACCGAAAUCCUUUGUGAGGGAGCAAACUCAGUCGAAGAAGUCGACUUAACCUGCGCGUGA